AACAAUUUUUAUUUUUUUUUUUACAUUAUAAAACAAAAAUAUUCUAAAUGGAGUUGUAAAAAAUAUCUUGUAUAUAUUUAAGUUAUAUGUACAAUCAAAAUUACACUGAAUAGAGUGCAUGCAACUUAAAAAUAACAGUUUUUUUAGCAAAUUAAAAAAUCAAUAUUUUCUUAUAUUUGUUUUUCGCUUUUUUAAAAAGUAAUUUGUAGUUCUGAUUUCCCGCUACUUUAUCUAAAAUAUCUAACACCGAGAGGGCGUUCAGAUUCUUAAGCUACGCGACUUGUAUGACUGGCAGGUCUUUAAUAAUAGUCAUUCCAUGCUUGUGCAAACAAAUGAAUGAAUGUCAAUAUGUCAUCACAAAUAGUGAUUAUAUAGUGUUGUGAAUUCUACUUUAUUUAUAUUAUCAUAUAAGAAACUGAAGAAAUGACAAUUUCAAGAAUAUUACGCAUGAAUAAUAGAGACAGAUAUAAUUCAUCGUAAAAAAUAGUGAAUAAGAUGAAAUAAAUUGGAAAAAUUGAACAAAAAUGCUAUCGUAUGUGAUGCACAUGUAACAUAAAACAAAAGAAUGAUUAUACGAAAUGUUUGAAAAAAUGAGAUAACUCAUAAAGAAAAUAACUUCAUACAGAAAAAGAAAAAAAAAAGCUUUCUAUCACUGUUCCAGAGAAAAAAAUUAUAUAUACAAAAUUAAAUUUAAAGCAUUUUUACAAGUAUUGUAUAUUUUUAUAUGUAACAAAACUUAAAGUUAUGUGAUAUGAUUGACGUAGACAUAGACAUGUUUUAUAUUGUACCACCAAAUGGUGAGAUACCUUUUUAUAUUUUGGAAGAAUGUAUUUUGACUAGAUUAGAUUAUUUAAGACUUCUGAAUGAAGGUUCUGCUAAUGAAUUUGAUGGAAAAUUUGAAUAUUUAUUAGAAAAUUCUACUUACGAUAAAAUUGGACACUUUGUGUUACGACUAUUAUCUUGCACAUCGUCAGAUCUAUGUGCAUAUUGGAUAGCCAAAGAAUCAUUAUUGUUUAAACAUAGACUAGAUCAUAUAUUACCUAGACAAUUACAUAAAUUAUUAAAGCAAAUUACAUGGAAACUGCAAAUAUUUAAAAAUGAGAAAAGUGCAAUUGACUUAACUCUUAUUGAAUUAUGCAAAUUCUAUUUGCAGCCUUUAGUUUUUAAACAUCUAGUAUCAAAUUGUCAUGAUUGCAAUGAUUUUCAAUAUGAAGUGAGAUUUGAAAUAGUAUCAGACCUAGUGAAAGAAAGGGAACUAGUCCUUAAUAAUGGCAAUGUUAUCACCUAUUGUUCAAGUUGGAAAAAAGUACUUCAAUCAUUAUUCAGUAAUUACGUAAUUACUGAAAUAAAUAUCAUGAAGAGACAAGCACAACACACUGUAAAACAUGAUCUUAGAUUCUACAUUUUAAAUGAGAAAGUUCAAACUUAUCUCUUUGAAGAAGGUAUUCCACAUGGAGAAAUAACUAUUGAUAAUAUAGAUACAGAAGCAAAGAAAUUCCCAUUGUGCAUGCAACAUUUGCAUUUCCUGCUAAGAAGUAGACAUCGUCUUAGUCACUAUGCGCGUUUAUACUACAGCCUCUUUCUGAAAGAGAUAGGAAUGACGCUGGAAGAUUCAAUCGUAUUUUGGAGACAAGAGUAUUCCAAGCCGCAUACUUGUACCUCAGGAUGUUCACAUAAUUGGCAAUCUAAUGAAAAAAAAUUCAUAUACAGCAUCAGGCAUAUGUAUGGUUUAGAAGGAUCGAGGAGAAAUUACAGAACACCUGACUGUAACAGAAUUUGCGCUAUCAGUGGAGCAACAUAUGAAGGUGGUUGUCCUUUCAAGGACUUUGAUACAAGUGCACUCAAAAACCUUUUACAUGUUUCGUUAACUCAAGAUGAAAUAGAGAAAUUUAUGAAAAAUAUAUCUAUUAAAGACCCAGAAGUUCUCUGCACUGCAUUUUUGAAACUUGUAUGCAAAAAUGACAUUAAUAAUGUCAUCAUCAAAAGUCCGGUACAAUAUUACCAAAGAAUGGUUAAUUAAUAUCAAUUUUAGUUUUAUCAAACAUGAAAAACACGUGUUACUGCCUAUUUGUGCCAGUAUUUUUUUAAUCCAUGUUGAAGAAACUUAUCAAUAUAUGCAAACAAAUAUUUUAUAAAUAUUGUAUGUGUACACAAAAGAAAGUUAUAAAUUAAUAUAAAUUAUACUAUUAAGUAAUCAUUGAAAAACCACAUCUUGUACAAGAUGACUCCAUAUGACCUUUACCCAAUUACAAAUACACAUAUUACCAAAUUU